AUCUGUAGGACAGUAGCUCUCCAGGAGCAGGGAUGGAGAUCACUGGUUUAGAGACUCAGUUUGAUUCUGAUCUUGAUCCUGAAAAAAUCCUGUAUUUUAUUGUUACCAUAUUUUUAUUGUCCUGUUAGUUAGCGGUUUUUAAAGAUUUUUUUUUUUUUUUUAACCUAGUCAAAAUAACCCACCUGCAGUUUGACUGAUAUUAAUUGGAAUGCACAAUUUUUUCGAACGAGACUUAAAGACAAAUUGUGUUGUGGACAUGGAAGGAAAUCAGACCAUCCUGUACCCGGCCAAUGGAAACCUGGGAAAGGGCGACAGCAGAACAAUGCUGGGGUGCUGUUUAAUGCUCACCAGGGGAAAUCAUGAUGAGUCUGAUCACAGAGCCAUACGCUCCUACUUUGAGCGCUCCGAUCCGUUCUUCGACGAGCUGGAGAACCACAGUCUGAUCGGUGUGGCCAACAUCUUCCUGUCCUGUCUGCUGUAGUACGAGGUCAAGCUGCAGCACGCAGUUCCCAUCAUCAACCAGAAGGGGGAGGUGGAGCGUCUGAGCGGAGAGCUAGAGGAGCGUGAGACGGGAGGCUCUGUCUGAGAUCAGUCCAGACGGCGAGACGCAACAACGCAAACUCACCUGCACGGUCAGAUAAAACAGGACAUCUCCAAUCAAACAUGCAACAUGUGACGCGUGGCUGCAAAAUGAGUCUAAUUUUAAAAACCUGUGAGUUCAUUUCGCCCUCUUCUAGUGAUCCCAAUGCUCCAAAUAGUAAUUAAACAUCUGAAAAAUCUUUAUUUGUACGUUUUCUAAAUCUUUUCAGAUUUGCUCAUUCUGACUCAUUUUGCCAGCACAGAAAAAAAAAUCUGGAUACUGAUGGAUUCACUUGAGUGCUUCAUUUCAUGAUUUUACAUACAGUAGGAAGAUGGGAUGGGUUUUACUUGUGGAGAUUAAAAGUGCCAGACAGUUUUAUUCAGAAAUGAAUGUUUUAGUGUUAUAAUGGUGAGUUAGUUCUGUAUUUUCUGUUGGUUUGGUACCUUCACAUUGUUUAUUUCUUCUUCUGCUUCUGGAAUGAGUCAUUUAUGAUCAAAUUGU